GGAAAGUCCCACCCGUGGCCCACCGCGGCUCCUCGGAUCAAGGUGCCUGUCAAGGUGUGACAUAAAACGCAUCCAUGGUGUGCUUCUCACAACCUCUCACACUACUAGCGAGCGGUUUAGCAAGCCCUUGCUCCUGUCUCAGCUCCCCACUCCUGAGAUCCCCAUAAUAUCUCCUUCUCACUCCAUCCCGUCAACAGCCACACAGUACAACAGGACUCCCCAACAGGACCCAUCAUGGCCGCAGAACUGCUAGCACGCUACCCCUGGGUCUCACGGCCCUUCAUCGCAAGCGCCCCGAUGCGCGUCAUGGCAGGCCCAGCGCUGGCCGUCGCCGUUUCUCGCGCGGGCGGCCUGGGCUUCAUCGGGCCCGCGGCAAACACACCAGACGUGGCGGCUAAUCUCGAAGAGGCGUCCGCCCUGGUGGACAAGAUACGCACGUCCCAGCCGCCGCCCACAUCAGACCCGUUCCCGCCGCCGGCCACCUCCUGCCUCCCCGUCGGCAUCGGCUUCCAGCUCUGGGCAGACGACCUCGGCGCCGCCGCCGCCAGCAUCCAGCGGUUCAGGCCCUGCGCGGCCUGGCUGUUCGCGCCGCGGGAGGGGCCCGCGGAGCUCGACACGUGGUCCCGCCGGAUACGCGGCGCGUGCCCCGAGACCCAGGUGUGGGUCCAGAUCGGGACGCUGAGGGAGGCGCGGGAGCUCCUCCGGGCCUCCGAGAGGCCGGACGUGGUCGUCGUCCAGGGCGCAGAGGCCGGCGGCCACGGGCGGGCGGCUGACGGCAUGGGGCUCGUGACGCUGCUCCCGGAGGUCGCGGACGCGAUGGCGGGGUCCGGGGUCCCCCUGCUGGCCGCGGGGGGCAUCGCCGACGGCCGCGGGGCCGCGGCGGCCCUCUGCCUGGGGGCGGCGGGCGCGGUGCUGGGGACGCGGUUCCUGGCGUCCGGCGAGGCGCGUAUUAGCAAGGGGUACCGGGACGAGAUCGUGCGGGCCUCGGACGGCGCGGUGGCGACGACGCGCACGCUGCUCUACAACCACCUGAGGGGCACUUUUGGCUGGCCCGAGGGCUACCAGCCCAGGACCAUCAUCAACAGGUCGUUUGUGGACCAGCAGGCGGGCGUCCCCUUCGAGGAGCUCAAGAAACGCCAUGAUGAGGCUGCAAAGAGCGGCGACAGUGGCUGGGGCCCGGACGGGAGACUUGCGACCUACGCGGGGGCUUCGGGCAAGCUUUGA